AUGUCAGAGAAAUCCCAGGACCUGAAGGAUCUGAUGCCCGAAGAGAGGAAGUCCAUGUGGAGGACCGCCGAGGAGAGGCGGAUGUCCGACCUCACGCGGGUGCUGGAGUGGCUGGAGCGGAGGCACGGGAGGAAGAAGCAAGCUCUCCAGAAGCACAAAUCCAAGAUGGUGACAUCCGCCAAAGCAACUGGGAGGGACGAGAAGAGAGCCCAGAAGCCCCAGGAAGGGAACCGCCACGUGGCGUUCUCUGCCCAGGCCUCAGGGCAAAGCACCAAGAAGGACGGGAACCCUGUCCUGUACCGGAAGCUCUACGGCGUGGAUCCUAUGGGAAAACACUUCAGCAUAGUCCCAGGAAACUACGCCAAGGACGGCCCCGGGAAAGCCGACUUAGACAUCAAGGACGCAAUCGCCCUCGAGUCCACUCAGCGGUCAACGGCAUACCGUCGACAAAGCAUUAUAGAACCCACAUUGCAGGACACUAUCUUUGGCGCUCGGAGGCCCACCCUCCUGAGAGACUGGGUGCUUAAGACCCCCGACACCUCUUACGAGCGCAAGCUGAAGACCCUCAUGGAGAAGGGCAUGGAGCCCAGGGUGGAGAUGGCGAGAAUGCUGAAGCCGGAGGAGGUGCUGAGCUGUCGGUACCUGAGGCUGUCCAAGAACAACAUUCGCACCCUGCUCAAGCUGUGCAAGGAUGCAGGGAUGAAUGUGGACAUCCACCCCCACAUGGUGGAAGGAGAGAUAGACGCUAAAAAAGUGUUCGCCCGGAACCGUAAUGUAGCCCUCUGA